AUGCGGCGCAAGAGGACACAACGCGAACUCGAAGCAUCCAUUCAGUCGCAUAAAGGAAGGCUGACUAGCCUGGGCACAAGGAGGGACAAGAAAAGCGUACAACGGCGAGCGUAUUCAACAGGAAGGAUCCGGGAGGCGGAACACGAGCUCAAAACUGGAAAGGUCCCGACACCCGAUACUGCGGAUCAUGAAUAUGCCGUCGGCCAGUGGUCGUCUUGGAUCGGCGUAGCGUUCGGAGCUCUUGCUGCCAUCAUCAACCGUGCAUAUGAGCCGAUGCACAUUCAGGUUCGGUUGGGACAUUGUUGGGACACACAGCCAACAUCUAGGGUUGACUGA